GAGAGAGAGAGAGAGAGAGAGAGAGAACGCGACGGUUCGACCCCCUCUCGCUCGCUCUCUCGUGCUCCGAUCCGAUCUUCGGAUCCCCCUCCCCCUCUCUCCCUCUCUUUCUCUCUCCUCUUUCCCAUGCACACCCGAGGCGAAGCGACGAAACCCUAAUCCCCCCCACCCCCUCUCCUCCCGAUCCAAACCCUAACCCUAGCUUCUCCCCAUCUCACUCCCCCUCCCAACCCUCCUCCUCUCCCAUGGCUUCUUCCGAUCGCGAGCCCUCCUCGAGCUCCUCCCCUCCGCCUCCCUCGGCCGCGAUCGUCCCUGCGGAAUCUGAGGCGAUCUCCGCCUCCUCCUCCGCAGCCCCGGCCGCCGCCGCAGGCGCAUCAUCGGCGGCGAAGAAGCCGGCUUGGAAUCGGCCCUCGAAUGGCGCGAUCGAGGCGGGCCCCGUCGUCGACGCCGACUCCUGGCCCGCGCUCUCGGAGUCCACCAAGGCCUCGCUGAAACCCUCGUCCUCCUCCGAUCUCGCGAAGAUCUCGGAUGGAUCGGCCUCUAACCCUGGACCUUCGGUUUCUACUUCUUCCCCGCGGCGGAACUCUACUAAUGCGAACCCUAAUUCGACCCCAAACAGUUCAACCCUUUCCCGACAGAGAUCCAUGAGGCGUGGCGGUCUCGGGGGUGGUGGCGCCCCAGUCAAUGGGAGCGUGGAACACGGCAACAGGGGCGACGGCGCCCCAGCCAAUGGGAGCACGGAGCAAGGCAACAGGGCCGGCGGCGAUCACCACCGCGGAUACGGCGGUAACAGGAGGUUUAACAACAAUGGCGGUGGUGGGUCGCAGCGUGGCGGCUACGGCGGUCGGCGCGGGGGAUUUAAUGGCUAUGGCCGUGGCUUGAACGGUAGGGAUUUCCACGCGCAGCAGCAUCGGGGCGCUCCGCCUUACAUCAGGCCGCCUCCGCCUAUCUUUGUGCCACCACCAUUCUUUGGCCAUCCCCCACAGGUCCGGCCUUUUGAGGCCUCCAUGCCCUUCCCUCCUGAAAUGCCGUCUCUCGUGUACUAUGUUGCGACACCUCCACCUCCGCCGCCUUUCCUCGCUUCUCCAGCAACCCCGCCUGCAAUGUUUUUCCCCACCAUUGAUCCUAAGCAAGCUAAGCUGCUGAGGCAGAUAGAUUACUACUUCAGCACUGAGAAUUUGUGUAAAGAUACUUACUUGCGGGAGAACAUGGAUGACCAGGGAUGGGUACCUUUAUCUUUGAUCGCUAAUUUUAACAGAGUCAGGCAAUUAACAGAUGACAUACAGUUUGUGAUGGAGACAGUUCAGUUGUCAUCUGCAGUGGAACUACAGGGUGAUAAGAUAAGGAGGCGCUAUGAUUGGAGGAAUUGGCUGCUUCCCCAACCUAACAAUCUGUCUGGUACUGACUUAGGUCUUUCCUCUGCAUCAACAUCUAGUGUUGAUAAUACUGUAGUUCGCUUACAAGCUGCCGAACUAGAGGGGGAAACUAACCAUACUAUUGGCAUAUGAAGAGACCAGCUCGUGAUGAGGUAGUUCUUAGUAGAUCGGCAUCCACUAAUCUCAUUAAUCUGGUACAAGUGGGAGAUCUUCACUUGGACAGGAAUAAUCAAGUCUUGGGGUUGUUGAGUCGGACCAGUCGAAGUUUGCAAGGAGUUUAGUCAGAAGCGACACUUUAAGAGAAACAAUUUUUUUUUCUGCAUAUUUUGCAAAAAUGAUUUUCGUGGGGAGAAAUCAGGCAAGCCAGGCAAUCCUGAUUGUGUUCAGGUAAGUAUUUUCUUUCCUCAUUAUCGAACCAUUAGGUAAGCUGAGUGUCGUGAUUAAGAAACAAAUACAAAUAUAUAGACCAAAAAAAAAAAGCUAAAGAAGGAAGAAAAUGAGCGCAAAGUUGAAGGCCAAAGGAAAGGAGUGCUACAAAUUGCUCUUCUCUGUUGGUUGGAUGGUAGUUCCGAUGGUGAUAAUUUGUCGCAGGCCCGGUCACGUCACUUGUUUCUGAAUGAUUUUGCAGGGCUGUUUUUUCUUUCUCCUAUAAACCUCAAAUUUUUUUUAAGGAGGAUUUUGGAUUCUCUACCUUUCUGAACUGGCAAGAUGAGGGAUUUUGUUUGGUUGCAUAUUUCUGCAGAUUCUUGGAAGGACUUAUUUUUUGUUUUCUGCUUUUCUUUUACCUUCACAAAGAGAAUAUAAAUCCAGUCACACUUAGCUCUAAUAGUAGUUGAUAUUUAUAUAUAUAUUUUUUUCGUUA